AUGACCUCAAACAAUGCUCAGCUUCGAUCUGCUGUUGUGUUCAAAAACCAAGGGUUCCAAAGUGCUAUUGUGUACUCCAGGUACCUUCGGUGCUUCCGAAAUCGCCCCAUUUAUCCAUCCUUCACUAUCCGUCCCUCAGCCUUUUCAAAAUACGAUAUGGAUGUUCCAUCCCUUCUGAGUGGUCUCGAUCUUGGGUUCGAUUUUGGGGCUACCCUGAAUGAACUCACGCGUGAUAUUGGCCGUGUUUUCCCCACCAUGCUCGUUGCUGGUCGCUUGCCUGACGAUCUGAAAGUCUUCCAUUUCUUCCUUACCCGCUGUCUUCUUCCCAGAGACAUCUCCAGCACUGAUAUUCUCCACACUUCUGAUCUCUGGAUUAUGUCUAAUGCUCGUUCUCGCUCGCCAAUCAGCUAUGCUUCUCUUGUUUUUACCCAUAUGAUUCGGUUCGGUAAUGGUGGUUAUAGCGGUCCGCUUCUCUUUGGUCCACUUAUCACCCGCUACCUUUAUCGUCUAGGCAUUGAUCUUCGCGAUAAGGUUGUUGUUUGCAACAUUCAUGAUGAUCUGCGUCCCAAUCAUGUUCUUAAUCGUCUUAAUGCUGAUGUUGGGCGCCGUCAGCUUCUCUCUGGCUCAGGGGGAGAUGCCAGUUACCUUGUCUUCUCUGCACAAAGAACUACUGAUGGCUUAAUGUCAGGACUGACACAAGCUGCAGUAUCUGCACUAGAUCUUGAAAUCAAACGAGGAAAGGACGCUGGAAGUGAGACAACAACUAGACUUCAAGUGUGCAAGAAGCGUCUGGAGCUUCUGGAGGACGAUGAAGCCAUGCUUGCCCCAGUCAACUUCGAUCCAAUAUCUCCUGACAAUAGUUCAGAAGAUGAUAUCUCUGACUAUGAAACUCCACCCGAUUAUCCCUUCUAA